AUUCAAAAGUCAAAAAAUUAUGCGUACACAGCUAAAUUUAAACAGACGAUUAAGAACAGACGGUAGCCACUGUAUAUCCCGCGUAUUCCUCUUUUAACAUGCCUUGGAAUUCAACACACAGCUUCAUUCAAUAUUUUUGCCACUGCCAGCAAAAAUACAGCCCCGCGAUUUGUCGAAAUUGGCACUGCCCCUUGAAUCAUACGAUACUCACGCUACCCUUACUCGACCAGAGGGUCUCGAUUUCGGUUCACGGAAAAAGCUUUUCCCAGCUUGCUUUCAGACGAUAAAGCGCGCAUGUGGUGGACACAUGCAGUACAUGAUCGACCACGUCGUCAUAUAAACGAUCGCGUCGCUACCACAGCGUAAAUAGUGAUAAUCGUGAUAAUCGUUUGUAUUGGUGCGCGAAUACGAUUGUCGAACCUGAUGGUGCAUCAGUCUAAUUCCAUCAGAAAUCAUCAUACAUUCCGGUUGUCGUUCGCAUCACAAUGGCCUACGACGACGUGAUUCCAUUACUUGGUAACUUCGGAAGAUACCAGAAACGCAUUUAUUUCCUUCUAUGUCUACCGGCGAUUAUUUGCGCGUUCCAUAAACUUGCAAAUGUUUUCCUACAAGUGAAGCCGGAUUACAGGUGCCAAUUGCCCAAUGAGUUCUCAAACGCAACUUUCGCGUUAUCAGAAGCGGAAUGGAACAGUUCAAUACCUUGGGACAACAUAAACAAUAAAUAUGCUACUUGUUAUAUGUACGAUGAUGCAAAAACCGAGGUUUCUUGUGAUCGUUUCAUAUACGAUCACUCCAAAUUCAAUAGCAGUAUCAUCAUGGAGUGGGACAUGGUUUGUGGUCGUGCUUACCUUCGUGCCACUGGUGAUGCUCUCUUUAUGGUCGGUGUUAUGUUGGGCUCCAUUGGUUUCGGUGAAUUGUCUGAUCGCUAUGGAAGAAAACUGAUCUUUUUCAUCUCGUUGGUCAUACAAGUGGUGUUUGGUCUCUUAGCUGCUGUGGCCCCUGAGUUUUGGACCUUUACGUUUGCUAGGUUCAUUGUUGGCGCUACCACAUCAGGUGUAUUUUUGGUUGCCUAUGUAAUAGCAAUGGAAAUGGUUGGGCCAAAUGAUCGACUGAAAGCCGGCACUAUUUGCCAAAUGUUUUUCUCUGCCGGCUACAUGUUAACAGCACUUUUUGCAUAUUAUAUCACCGAUUGGCGUAUGUUACAAAUGGCGCUUACAGUUCCCGGACUUGCGUUCUUUAGCUACUGGUGGUUUAUCCCCGAAUCAGCACGAUGGCUCAUCUCUAACAAUCGUGUACCAGAAGCUAAGAAAUUAAUCUUCCGCGCAGCGAAAGAAAACAAAGUUACGAUUACUGAUCAACAACUUGACGAACUGCUCAAGACUGAUAUGAAGCCUGUGAAUGUGGACGAAAAAAGAGCGACAAUAUUAGAUGUCUUCCGGCAUCCGAAUUUACGGAAACGGUCUUUAAUUAUUUUCUUUGAUUGGUUUGCUAACAGCAUGACUUAUUACGGCCUCUCAUGGAAUACGAAUAAUUUGGGUAGCAACGCAUAUUUGAACUUUGUUAUCUCCGGCGCCGUGGAAAUUCCAGCGUACACAUUUUUACUGUUUACUUUGAAUACCUGGGGACGAAAAACAAUCCUCUGCGGGUGCAUGUUGACAGCAGGAAUUGCUUUAUUAUUAACUAUGGUUAUUCCUAGUGAUUACAAUACACUGUUGGUAACUUUGGCAAUGAUUGGAAAAUUAGCAAUUACUUCAAGUUAUGGAACCAUUUAUAUUUUCUCAGUAGAACAAUUUCCAACAGUGAUACGGAAUGCUGGUUUAGGUGCGGCGUCUACUUCAGCACGUAUGGGUUCAGUUUUUGCUCCCUUAAUCAAUGUUUUGGGUGACUUUUGGACUCCUUUACCUUUGAUGAUCUAUGGAAUUCUCGCUUUGAUUGGUGGUUUGAUCUCAUUAGUUUUACCAGAAACACUUAACAAGACUUUGCCUGAAUCUAUAGAAGAUGGAGAACGAUUUGGAAGGAAAGAAAAACAACUACCUGAAGAACAACCCCUUAAUUCAGUAGAUGUGGAGAAACCAAAAUUAAACGGUACCAGCGGUGGUGAAGAAGCUAAUGGUCUUUUGGAAACUGAGGAUGGGACCAAUCAAAAGCCUACAGAAACUGCGGAAGCAAAGACAGAAGCAGAAGCAGUCACAAAUGAUGAAAAGACAACUGAAUCUACAACAAAAGACUAACUAGCUUUUUUGAACUAUACGAAUAUAAUUCCAAAUCUUUUGUAAUGGAGAGGAAUUGAAUGUAGAAAAUAUUUUUCUAUGUGGUGCAGAAAAUUUUACUACAAUAUGUAUACAAAUAAUUAAUUGUUGAGUUAGAAAUCUGUGACCAACUGUUACAAAUUUGAUAUCUCAAUGUUGAUGUUGCUGUAAGCCAUGUAAGUUGUUGCAAACUUAUGCUCUAGAUGUACUGUUUCCUUUUUUUUUUCUUAUUAUGGAAAUUAUACUUUUGAUUUGCAGUUGGAUAUUUUUGAUUGUUCAACAAAUUUUAAUAAAGAAAUACUUUAUUUAUUGUA